GACAUGGACAUGUCUUGCUGUCCGACUGGCUGGUGAAUCUAACGGGAGAAAUAAAGAAAUACACUGUACAAAGAUUCCUGGAGCUCGAUUAACACCAAACGGAUAUAAAUAAGUAAGAGAUUUCAACAAGGAAACCAAAUGGGUGAAAAAAGCUUAAGGAAAAGAAAAGGAGAGGACAAUGGAAAAGAAGAUGGACAAUCCAUUCUGAGUGAUGAACCACAAACGACAAACCUACAAAAACAGGUGGGCCUCAUCAGUGGUAUCUGUAUGAUUGUUGGUACAAUUAUUGGCUCUGGUAUCUUUGUCUCUCCAAAAUCUGUACUUGCCAAUGUUGGAGCUGUGGGUCCUUGUUUAACCAUCUGGGCAGCCUGUGGAGUUCUUGCAACAUUAGGUGCACUUUGUUUUGCUGAACUUGGUACAAUGAUCACAAAAUCUGGGGGAGAAUAUCCUUACCUUAUGGAGGCAUUUGGCCCAAUUCCAGCAUUUUUGUUUUCUUGGACAAGCUUACUCGUCACAAAACCCAGUUCAUUUGCAAUCAUUUGUCUCAGCUUUGCAGAAUAUGCAUCAGCUCCUUUUUAUCCGGGUUGCGAUCCACCGCAAGUUGUCAUCAAGUGCCUUGCAGCAGCUGCCAUUGUGGUAAUCACAAUAGUGAAUUCACUGAGUGUGAAGCUGGGAAGCUAUCUCCAGAAUUUUCUCACAGCUGCUAAAAUGAUCAUUGUCACAAUCAUUGUUGUAAGUGGAAUCGUUCUCCUUGCACAAGGAAAAACUGAAAACUUUGAAGAUUCUUUCAAGGACAGUAAAACUUCUGUUAGCUCCAUUGGUCUGGCAUUUUAUAAUGGACUCUGGGCAUAUGAUGGAUGGAAUCAACUCAAUUACAUCACAGAAGAACUUCAAAAUCCCUACAGAAAUCUACCGCUAUCUAUAAUGAUUGGAAUCCCCUUGGUUACAGUCUGUUACCUUCUGAUAAACAUUUCCUAUUUCACUGUAAUGACUUCAACAGAACUCCUCCAGUCCCAAGCAGUUGCUGUGACAUUCGGAGAGAGAGUCCUUUAUCCAGCCUCUUGGAUAGUUCCUCUCUUUGUGGCCUUUUCUACAAUUGGAUCUGCCAAUGGGAACUGUUUUGCUGCAGGCAGACUUGUUUAUGUUGCAAGUCGUGAGGGGCACAUGCUAAAGGUGCUAUCUUACAUUAGUGUUAAGCGUUUAACACCAGCACCUGCUAUCAUAUUUUACGGGGCCAUUGCUAUUAUUUAUAUUAUCCCUGGUGACAUUGACACACUCAUAAAUUAUUUCAGUUUCGCAGUCUGGAUAUUUUAUGGUUUAGCUGUACUUGGACUCAUUGUUAUGAGGUUUACAAGAAAGGACCACAAGAGACCAAUCAGGAUACCCAUCGUCAUUCCAGUCAUAGUGACAUUAGCGUCCAUUUUACUGGUACUGGCACCAAUCAUCAGUGCACCUGAACUGGCCUAUUUGUACUGUGUUUUAUUUAUACUUAGUGGACUUAUAGUUUAUGUACUUUUUGUUCAUUUUAAAUUCAACUGGCCUCAAAAAAUAUCAAAGCCCAUCACGAUGUACCUUCAGAUGCUUCUGGAAGUUGUUCCAGCAGAGGAAGCUACUGAAUAAUUUUUUUUUAUAUGUACCAGGUUGUUUUUAGGUGCUAUACUGCUUGAGGAGAUUCAAGUUUGUUUGGCACACAUUUAUACUUUCUAAAUUGUUAUGUUCAUACUGGUGUAUUAUUUUUGCAACACUUCAGUACUUGAAAAAUGUUAAAUAUAUAAGAAUAAAAGAUUUCUGAGCC